AUGCAUACGAUGGAUACAAUGGGCUACGGCCACAAGAAGUACCGGCCACCGAUAUCUCCUACCAGCUUCUACCACCAUGACUACUAUUCGAGACAUACUACACUACGCCCUCAAAGCGAAUAUCGGUUUGCUGGCGGGGGAUAUCCGCGCGUGACCACUAGCAGCGCUAGCAGUAGCGGAGGACUGUGUUCUGCAGCGCUGGUGGUAGGUGCAUUGCUGGCGGCGGUGGCGGUGCUCGCAGUCGCCGGCCUUGCUUUCUACAUGGGUGCUCUGAGGCCUGACAAUGGCGAACCUAUAAUAACAUUUGAGGGUAAUUUUCGUGUCAUGCGAGGCGAUGUGUAUGGUGGAGUUCCCGGCAGUCCUGCAUGGAAUGAGCGCGCGCGACGGUAUAGCGUAGCGUUGAGGCAAGCAUUCAAUGCGCCUUCGCCACUUCGGCAGGCUUUUGUUGGAGCCAUCGUCACUGGCUUCGGUGAUCGCAAACUAGAUGUUCAUUUCAAAUUAUACCUGGACAGGAGAAAAAUUCCAAGCACGGUAUCUAAUAUAGAAGAAUCACUUAAGAAUGUUUUAGUCCAAGAUUUAUUAUCCAAACAGCCUGCAUUUGGGCAAAUAAAAAUAGAUAUAUCUAGCAUAGCAAUUAAAAGAGAUUUAGAACAUACAUAUCAUUCAGAAUCAUAUGUAAAAGAGGCAUUAAAUGAAAGUAUGGCAAGUUAUCAACCUAAACAAACAUCACACCAAAAUGGAAACGAUAAAAUUUUACAGAGUAGGAUUGGUGUUGUUCGUAAAACUACCGUAAAACCUAAUCAAUCCACUAAGAAAAGAGAUCCAGACGAGCCUGAUAUUGAUACUGAAAAUAUCCCAGUUGUGCAAGGUUCUUUUCAAAUUACCAAGACAGAAGCUGACAUAACGGAAAAUAAACAUAGUCAUGUUCCAACAAGACGUGAUGAUAAACUAAAUCAAAAGCCUCCAAGUAUUAAGUCAAGUACUACACCAAAAGCACCAACUACAAAAAUAACAACAACACGGCUACCAAGUAGCAAAAGUACCUUCGCCACCUCAACUACGCCUAAACUUAAACCAUUUACAAUUAUGUCAAAUUUAGGGAUUAGAACAAAAACCAAUUCAACCCAUAAACCAGAAACAACAUUAACAAGAAAAGCAGUGACAACAACACAAUCAACAAAAAUGUCAACGACACUGUCAACGACACUGUCAACUACUACCGUCCAAAGUACUACGGCCAACGUUUCACAAAUAUUACUCGAUCUACUUACAAACGACAAUCAUAAUAAAGAUUUACCGAAAAUUGACACAUUAUUUACAGUACCACAUGUAAUUGAUACUGAACCUUGGCGUCCUAUAACAAGGCCCUACUAUGAAACAACGACGACUAAAAAUACUGCCAUAGUUGAUACAGUUAAUGAAAAAAGUGCAAAAGACAGAAUUGGAGUUGCAGAAGUUGUCGAAGAUAUAUCAUUACUAGAAGGUAUUUUAAAUCCAAUUCCCCCAGUACAUUACAGUGACAAAACAACGCGUAGGCCAGCUGGUCUUUAUAAUAUGGAUACUAAUUUAUCAGCAGAUAUUUAUGUUCCCAGUCCUGUUUAUACCAGUUUCACUCUUCCUACGUUUGCACCGCCAUUGAAAGAUAUGGAAACUCUAGGAUCUGUGUAUCCAAAACCUUUUCCCUUACCCGUUGACAAAAUAAGUUCAGCAAAACAAGAUAAGUUUAAAGAAAGUAUUGUAGAAAAUGAUGAUGAUUAUGAUGAUGGUAAACCAAUAAUACGGCCUCCAAAGGAUAAAACAACGUCUACAAUGAUAAACGUGUUACAAUCGAGUCAGCUAGAUAACCUUACAGAAAAAGUAUCUAUUGACGGCAUGUCAAUAUUGAAGAAACAUGACGUAAGGGUACCAACUGUUACAACAACGAUGACUCCUGAAGCAAACACCACAAGCUCCACCAUGUCUACGACUCCUAGUACAACGACUACCGCUAUUACUACUUCAAAAGAAACACUCAGUACUUCUAUGAAAACAACGGAUACAAAUGUUACAAAGGAAAAUUCAACUCGACGUCCCAACGAUAAAGUAUCCAUUAUUCCUACGACAGAUGUUCCAUACCAUACUUGGGAAUUAGUUAAUACCUCGACAAACGAUAAUGAUACUUUUUAUAAACAUUCACCUGAAAAGUAUUACAACGAUACUUUACAAGCAAUUAUUACAAAGAAUGAUGCUACUUUUCCUAAUACAACGCCUAAAUUUCCAAGUAAGAUUUCGAUAUUAAGAAACUUAACAGACCUAAUUAAAAAAUAUACGAGUACAAAAAAACCGCAAACCACAAACAUUGAUAAGAUAAAUAAUGAUGAUGACAACGAUGAGCAUAUAGAAAUGACAGGAUCUGUAGAAGUAAUACCAGAAGAAGAACUUGAAACGACUACAGCCAGAGUAAUAACAUUAAUGCCCGUGAAAUCAAACCUCGGUGUAAACAGACCGUUAAGGCCGAGACCAAAGAUAAAAAACGAAACACAAAUGAUGAAAGAAAACUUACGGAGUUUCUUUAAUAGUGCAUUUCAGACUCAAAAAUUAAUGGAAGAAAUCAAUACAGAAAAUAAAUUACCGAUACAUAAUCGCGUGAAUUUUAAUGAAGGUAUUCAUGAAAUAGAGACAGCUCCGGAUAAUCAUGGAUAUGAAACACAAAAUCACGAAAUAAUAGCAAGUAUGCCUCAGAAUGUGGAACUAAAUGACGCCGUGUAUAAUAUUACAACAAACAGUAGAUUUCCUAAGUCUAGCAGUGAUCUUAAAAAUUAUAAUGAAACCAAUGAAAAUAUGUCUUCAGAAAUGAGCAAUAAUGAUAAAACUAUUCCGGAAGGCACGUACAGAGUAUCUUACCAUGUCACUGGAAGUGUUAGCAGUAAACAGGCAAAUAAAACUCAAAAUCUUCCAGCUUAUGAAUUAGCAUUGGAACCUGAUGUGGUCUUAGAAAUUCCAAUUAAUCAAUCAAAUACUCUUACUAUUGAUAAAUUAAAGCAACUGGCAAGUCUCGCUACGAUUACAGAAUACAACAACAGCAGUUUAUUUCGUCCCUCUGGAGGUGUAAUAUCAACGAAAGCCAUACCAUCGAGUUAUACGCUCAAUCACGCAGGAUUUAAAAUAUUGACAAAAACGUACCAUAAAACUCAACCCUUUAAACAAGAAGAGAAUAAUUUUAACAAAUCGGACAAAACUCCCAAGCCAUACUCAACGAAACCACAAAAGGAAAAAGAAAUAGUUAAAGAUACAGUUAAAGAAGAAGAUUGCAAUAAUGCGACAUCCUUCCGCUGUUUAACUGGCUUGUGUUUACCUAUUACUUCGAGAUGUAAUCGCCUAAUGGAUUGCCCGGGAGGAGAAGAUGAACGUGCCUGUUCCUGCGCUGAUUACUUAAGAGCAGAGUUCUCUCAAACCAAAAUUUGUGACGGUGUUGUAGACUGUUGGGACUAUUCUGAUGAAAAGAAAUGCGAAUGGUGUAAUGAAGGUCAAUAUGUCUGUUCGAAUGCACGACAAUGCAUAGACAUGGCCCGCGUCUGUGACGGAACCCCAGAUUGCCCUUUUGGUGACGAUGAAAAAACCUGUGUUGCUUUGUCUGAUGAUAUUGAAGAUAACGAAGUCAUACCUUACAAUGAAGAAGGUUUCGUUAUGGUGCGAAAACGAGGCGAAUGGGGACGCUUAUGUGUAGAAAGUUUUGCAGACGUAGUAGCUGAGGCUCACAGUUCUCUGAAAUUGCCUGACCUUGGUAAAGCUGUUUGUAAGGCAAUGACUUUUAGUGAAUCCGGAUGGGCACGCGAAGCCCGAGAGGGAAGGAGAGUGAGUUCCGCGGGCUAUUGGGAGGUGUGGCACAACGCGGCGGCGCGCGCGGCCGACACCCGCCUCACUUUCCGACGCUCCCAGUGCGCGCGACGCAGAGCGCUACGCGUGCGAUGCAAAGACCUCGAAUGUGGAGUUCGUCCCCACGCUGAUGCUCAACAACCUAGGAAUGUAACUGACGAGCGCGUGCGGUGGGGCAGGGUGGUGGGCGGCGGCGGCGCGGCGGCGGGCGCCUGGCCGUGGCAGGCGGCGCUCUACCGCGACGGCGACUUCCAGUGCGGCGCCACGCUCAUCACUGCGCAGUGGCUGCUCUCCGCCAGCCACUGUUUCUAUCAAGCUACAGAAGCGCAUUGGGUGGCACGUCUGGGUGCGUUACGUCGAGGGGCGUGGCCGCGCGGGCCGUGGGAACGUGUAGCCCGCGUGCGCCAGCUGGUGUUGCACCCGCGCUACGCGGCGCGUGGAUUCCGCAACGACAUCGCGCUGCUACGUGUAGAGCCGCUACAGCUACACGCGCGGCUACGGCCCGCCUGCCUGCCGCCGCCCCGCUCCCCGCCACCCGCCGGGCGACACUGCACCGUGGUCGGCUGGGGCCAGCUUUACGAGCACGAGCGUGUCUUUCCGGACACGCUGCAAGAAGUGGAGCUGCCAGUGAUCUCUACGGCGGAAUGUCGGCGGCGCACGCGGCUUCUGCCGCUGUACCGCAUCACGGACGACAUGUUCUGCGCGGGCUACGAGCGCGGCGGCCGCGACGCUUGCCUCGGCGACUCGGGCGGCCCGCUUAUGUGCCAGGAGGGUGACAAAUGGUACAUCUACGGUGUUACGAGUAACGGGUACGGAUGUGCGCGAGCGAACCGCCCCGGCGUCUACACGAAGGUGUCCAACUACAUCGAGUGGAUCGACAGCGUCAUAAACAAAUACACUCCUCAUGACAACGAUACCACUAUACUCAACGAGGACGAGCCUGACGAAGAUUUCUAUACAGACUUAGAAACAGCGGAAAACAAAAGACAAACAUCAAUCGACACUUGUAGAGGGUACAGGUGCCCUCUUGGUGAAUGCUUGCCCUUAUCGAGUGUGUGCAACGGCUUUAUAGAAUGUUCGGAUGGCAGUGACGAAUGGAACUGCCAUAAAAAUUCGUUAAACACUUCUAGCAUCGAUCCGGAUUGA